GUGUGACGUCAUGGAAUUUGCGAGUGUCGUCUGCUACGAGUGCGUUUUUUUAAGGACUUGCAAAAUAAUUAUGAGGUUUACGUUGAGUGCGACAGCACAGCGUUUUAGAUGUCGGCGUGUCUUUGGAAUGUGGAAACGAAAUAAACUAAAAACGGUAAGAAUAGCGGUGAAUCGCGGCGUUCUUGUUCUGUCGUCGGGAACGCUGGUUGCGAGGGUAGCAACCGGGAUAUUAUCAGUUUUCCGCCACUCCAUUCAACUAACCGCCGUCACCGUCUGUAUUAUAAGCGGUCGUCCUCCCAAACUUUUACGAACUCGCACAAAAGCGCCAGUUUUGAGAAUUUGGGCCGAGGGCACAAACCCAACAUGGCUUGCACCCUCCUAUCACGUGCGCUGCGCAACUCUCUCCGUGCCGGUCACCGCCUCGUCUCCCAGCAAGCGCAAGCGACUCCUUCCCCGACGGACGAGAUCGUCAUCGAGAAGCUGACUGGCGAGCAAGAGGGCAUCGCAGUGCUCAGCUUCAACCGGCCCAAGGCCAAGAACGCCAUCGGCCGGGUCUUCCUGAAGUCGUUCGAGGAGGCGUUGGACGCGCUCAAGUACGACAACCUCCGAAUCCUCGUGCUGCGAAGCCUCGUGCCGGGCGUCUUCUGCGCCGGCGCCGACCUCAAGGAGCGCGCCGCGAUGCCCGUGCAGGAAGUCGGGCCCUUCGUGGCACGACUUCGGGGCUCCACUGUGACCCUGGACGAGUUCCCGGUGCCAACCAUCGCGGCGAUGGACGGUGCCGCGCUCGGCGGCGGUCUCGAACUUGCGCUAGCCUGCGAUCUCCGGAUCGCUUCAAACUCUGCGAAGAUGGGACUGGUCGAGACCACGCUAGCGAUCAUACCGGGCGCCGGAGGCACCCAACGGCUACCGCGGAUCGUCGGCAAGGCCAAGGCCAAGGAACUGAUCUACACCGGCCGCGUUUUGGACGGCGAGCAGGCUGAAGACAUCGGAUUGGUUAACGAAGUCGUGACGCAGAACAAGGAUGGCGACGCGGCGUUCCAGAGGGCGUUGAAGCUGGCCGAGGAGAUCAGGCCGCAGGGGCCCAUCGCGCUGAGGAUGGCCAAGCUGGCCAUCAACAAAGGGAUGGACGUCGGAUUGGCCAACGGACUGGACUAUGAGCGGUCGUACUAUGUGCAGGUCACGCAGUCUAAGGACAGGGUGGAAGGGCUCACCGCGUUCAAGGAGAAGAGGCGGCCCAAGUACAUCGGAGAGUAAUCGGUACGGAUAUGCUCAUUGUGUGCGUUAAAUGGACGCAGUAAAGGUUUAUUUUUUCAAGGGCAA